GAAAAUCAAAUUGGGCCCAGCCACAGAAAACCGCCCCUGCUUUUACAACAUAUAUUCGUAUAUAUGUUGUAAAAGCAGUAUAUAUCUUAUAGGUACAGUCAAUCAUGAAUAUGGUUUGUUAUUGUAAAUUAUCUGCAUUUAUAACAUAGAUAUUUAUCAAUGUGAUUAUAUGACUGUUUGGUUUCUGAAUAAAUAAAUAAAAAUAUUUCAACCGAAACCGUUACAUGACUACUUAUGAUACUUUAAUAACCCGAAUGAAUGUAGUGAUUUACUGCCGUAUGACAUGCGAUCUCAACUAAAUUCAAGGAGGCGUAGAUAUGAUAUUAAUCUAGCACUUAAAAAUAUAAAUGUACGAGAGGCAAACCUUGAGACGAAUACCAAAUCAAUGUCAUAUUUUGAAAAAUUAAAUAUAAUUACCAUCUACUAUAAAACGAUGAUGUUUUCGGGGUUUAAUUACUGCAUUCAUUGACAGCGCAUGACUAAUUACCCUUGAAUAAUAAAACGUAAAGUGAUGAACUUGGUAUUAAUGCACACCCACUUGGAGUUAUUAGUAUCUACUAGCCUAUUGAGAGACUCUCGGUAGUAAAUUGUCUGCCUUUGAAUAGUAACACUAGUUACAUGUACAACCUACCGAACGAUUCAAGGAAAAGUUAAACAAUGUUUAGUUCACUGCGUCUGUACUUCUCCCCUUUUGUCAAAAAGAACGAGGAAUUACGCUUACUCCAGAUCUUUAAGCCUUUGUACCUUGUGCUCUCAUUUCUCGGACUUAUCCCGUGUUCAUUAGAUUUACCACAAGGAAAUGUAGACUGCAUUAUUUUGCACAAGUCCGCUUUUAAACAUUCAUGUAGUGCUUUUUUAACGCUGCUUAUAGUAUACGUGUUUUUUGGACUCCACGUAUAUGAAGUUUUAACCUCACAUGAAGAGAAUAUUCUAGCUGACGAUAAAAUGGCGAAGGCCAAUUACAUAAUUGAGCUGGUCACACAAUUUACGUUCUGUAAUGCUACGUAUUUCUGCGUUUUCCGAUACAAAGAGAUAUACGUGUCCAUUUUAAAAGAGAUCACUCGGUCUUGGGAUGACCUGCCUUAUGUCAAUAGAGGGAUUAUUCUAGGACAUCUUCGGGUAAAAGUUAACUGUGGAGUUAUCGGGACCAUAUGUCUAAUCCUGCUCACACUUACGGCCGUUACGUACGCUGGCUCAUCUAGCUUAUGGAAAAGGAUAUUGAUAACAAUGUCUUUCAAUUUACCAGAGAUGAUACAGUUUAUUUUAGUUGCUUUCUAUUAUGUGUUUGUGUUGAUGGUAGUGGCAUUGUUGAAGAACAUAGAAGAUCACUGCAGGAUGUUCAUGAAGGCGCGAAGAAGUAUAAAGAACUGUUCAAAAGUGGUGUUGGGACGGAUUCCUAUAACAUUGUCUCAAAUGCAGUGUGUGUAUGUUAAGGCGCUGCGUGUCAAGAGACAGAUCAAUGUUGUUUUCCAAGCUCCUAUUAUGUUUUCCCUGCUCCAAUGCUUCCACACGAUGGUCAGCGAAUCCUAUGACAUCUGCCAAGGACUUCUUUAUCAAGACAACUUUACAACUCACAACUUGGUUGAAUGCUCCUAUUGGGUUUUGUUGCAAAUGUUGAAGAUUUAUGCUCUGGCACGUUCAGGAUCCUUAUUAAAAUUAGAGGCGCUCAAAAUUGGACGAACAAUACAUAACAUUAGAAGUGACGAUGAAGAAAUAAAACUGUUAGUUGAGAUUCAACAUUUUUCUACGUUAAUGGCAUUCCAAAGCACUGAAAUCACAAUUUUCGGCUAUUUCCCAUUAGAGGCUCCACUCAUGUUCAAUAUGGUCGCAGCAGCAGCGAUGUACUUGAUAAUACUUGUACAGUUCGCGAAAGCUCAUUAAAAUCGUUCAACAGCAAAGAAAGGACCCUUCGCGACCCUCGACUUGUACUUCGCUUAUCGCCAGUUCUGUUUUAACGACUUGAUAUGGUUUUGAGUUUAUUUUGAUAUGACCUUGAGUCAUGU